AUGGUCUGGGUUAGUGGAGCCUUUGUCUUGGCGACUAAAGAGGUGAUGAUGCGGUUCGCUCAGUCCUACACCUUGAUGGUCAAUGAGCUCAUCGACAUGGGCAUGUCCAGUACUGACCAGCAAGGUAUUGGGGCCAUGUACUCUCCUGAAUACAUCGACCAACAGCAAGUGGACAUGGCUGAAUACAGUUGCCACGACGGACAGUUCGGUCUCUACGGUCCAGAUGUAACAUUUUUCUGCUUAGGGUACAUUUGCAAAGAUACAGCAGAGAAACGGUUAAAGAAACAACACACAUUUACGUAUGGGGAACCUCACCCAAAAGCAAGGAUAUUUUCAUUUUGA